GAUAGUUAGUCUUAUGAUGGUAAGCCAAAGCAAUAAAUGCUUAAACAAUGAACAAUAAACAAACAAUGACACAUGUUUGUCAUAAAGUCACAUCACUUCCUAGAAGGAUGUUGCUUGGGCUCAUUAUAAAUACAUGCAAAGUUGUGCUUUAUUCCUUAAGAGACAAGACUGUCAUAUGAUAAGACACUGGGAAAUCAUGCGGUUCAGCAUCUUCUCCAUCCUCCUCCUGAGCGUCCUGUACCUCACACUGGCACAAGAUGAGACCUGCUGUCUGCAAUACAUUAAGAAAGUUCAAAUGUCCAUGAAGAACAGAGUGACCAGCUACAGGAAACAAGAGCUGGAUGGACGCUGCAACAUCCCCGCUGUUGUCUUCACAUUGGAAGACGGAAGUGAUUUUUGCACUGAUCCCAGAGAAAAAUGGGUCCAAGUCCUUCUGUGGAGGGUGGACCGACUGUCAGGAGGGUCGUCUUUGAUAAGGAAAGUGCGCAGUGACAGAUCCAGACGUAGGCCAUCUUUGCAUGGGUCUGGUGCAUCACAAAAAAGUGUUCAGCGUCCGAGGGCCCAGCAGCCAAAGAAGUCUCAGAAGAAUAAAAUAGACAAUCGAUAUUUUUUCAAUCAGCAGCAGCCUUACAAGAGUCAGCAAAUCCCUAAGUUUGCUCCUAAUAAACAAAUAGAUAUACAACUGAAUGUAUUUUUAAUUGUAUUUCUAUUUUUAUUAUCUAUUGCUUGCACUUAAUUUGUAUGUUCAAAUUUAGCUAGAAAAAAAGAUAAACAUUGUUAAUUGUGUGAGUCCUUUUGUUUUUUUACUUCUGUCAGUUAAAUUCUAAAUGUUACUCAAAAAUAAGUCAUAAACGAAGGAAAUAAAUAAAUAAAACUUCUGUUCCAUUUUCAUUCAUUUUAAUUUUAAACUGAUGCUGCAACAAACAAUUUUCGGUUUGUA